CAAUACCAUUGCCUGGUCAGAUUCAUUUUAAAUCACACCGCGCUCCGUAUGCUACCAAUUCGUUGUGGUUACGUUAGUGUAUAAUUACAGACGUAAUUCGGGAUUUUUUGAGUCAAUAAAGAAAUAUGGCCAAAGGAGAAGGAGCAGAACAAUUUUCCGCUACAAGUUUAUUACAAAAUAAACCAACGAGCCCAGAUGGUGUCAGAUUAGCGAAGCGUGAGAAGAAGGGCCGGUUGUCCGUGUGCAAUAAGCUGUGCUACGCCAUUGGAGGGGCCCCCUACCAGAUCACUGGAUGUGCGAUCGGCUUCUUCCUGCAGAUAUACCUUCUGGAUGUAGCUCAGUUGGACCCUUUCUAUGCCUCCAUAAUCCUGUUCAUAGGCCGAGCCUGGGAUGCCGUGACGGAUCCCACCGUCGGCUUCCUCGUCAGCCGCAGCCCAUGGACCCGCUUCGGGAGGAUGUUGCCCUGGAUUGUGCUGUCGACCCCAUUUGCGGUGAUGUGCUACUUCUUGAUCUGGUACGUCCCUCCAUUUGAGCAAGGCAAGGUCAUCUGGUAUCUGGUCUUCUACUGCCUCUUCCAGACCCUGCAAACGUGUUUCCAUGUACCCUACUCCGCCCUCACCAUGUUCAUCAGCUCCGAACAGGAAGAACGGGAUUCGGCCACUGCCUAUAGAAUGACAGUGGAGGUUCUGGGCACGGUCUUGGGCACAGCCAUCCAGGGCCAGAUUGUGGGCGGGGCCAAUGCACCCUGUAACCCUGGAGAUGUAGGCCUGAAUGUGUCCAACACCUCAGUGCAGCAGAUGGGAACUGAUGUCAACAUCACCCAGCCAAUCAUUUCUCUAGCUCAAACGAGAGAAGCUUACUUGAUUGCGUCAGGUGUCAUCUGCAUCAUCUACAUCCUGUGCGCGAUUAUCCUGUUCUGUGGAGUGAGGGAACAGAAAGAUGCCAGCCGCCCGAUUCAGAAGAAAGAGCAGCCCAUGUCCUUCUUCCAGGGCAUGCGGCUGGUCAUGGGCCACAAGCCGUACGCCAAGCUGGUGAUGGGAUUCCUCUUCACCUCGCUGGCUUUCAUGCUGCUGGAAGGGAAUUUUGCGCUGUUCUGCAGUUACACCUUGGGCUUCAGAAAUGACUUUCAGAACAUCCUCCUGGUCAUUAUGCUUUCUGCCACACUCACCAUUCCAUUUUGGCAGUGGUUCCUGACCAAGUUUGGGAAGAAGACUGCCGUUUACUGUGGAAUCUCUUCAGUCAUUCCUUUCAUGAUUUUGAUCGUCUGCAUCAAGAGCAACCUGAUCGUGACCUACAUCGUGUCCUUUGCCGCGGGGGUCAGUGUGGCCGCAGCUUUCCUCCUGCCCUGGUCCAUGCUCCCGGAUGUAGUGGAUGAUUUCAAGGUGAAGAACCCAGACUCCUGUGGGCACGAGGCCAUCUUUUACUCCUUCUACGUUUUCUUCACCAAGUUCGCCUCUGGCGUGUCCCUGGGCGUCUCCACCCUGAGCCUUGACUUUGCAGGGUAUGUCACAAGAGGCUGCUCGCAGCCUCCAGCGGUGGACUUAACCCUGAAAAUGCUGGUCUCCCCGGCUCCCAUUGUGCUGAUCAUCCUUGGCCUGAUAAUAUUCAAGACCUACCCCAUCGACGAGGUGACACGGCAGGGUAACCGCAAACUGCUACAGGAGCUGAGGGACAGUGAGCAGGACUCUGAGUCGGACUCCACCGAGCUGGGCAGCAUGGUGUAGGAGCCGUGCAGGGGGACAGGAGCCUUCGAUUUUUUUGCACUGGCCAAUCAAGAGCAGGGGCGGGCUGUGGAGGAGCCGAGCCGAUUGUCUGCAAACCACAUCACUGCUGUUGAGCAAGCCCACGGGUCUUUGUGGGAGAUAUCUUCCUGACCCGUCAUGCCUGGGAGCUCUUGGACCAUUUCUGGUUGAAGCCACGGGAGGCUCAGCCUAUAUUUUUUGGUUUCGUUGCACAAACUUUGAAAUGUGAUGUUUCGUAUUGUUUUUUUUUGUGUGUGUUUUCGGUCACCAAUCUUGGUGGUAAAGUAUUUGAAGUCUAUUGGACCCCUGGGCACCCAAACCAAGAAUUGGGUAAACUUGAAAUGUGACACUGAGGUUCUAGGUUUGCGUUGGUGUUGAGUCUAUCAAGCACAAUAAGAGAACUUCAUUUUGCACACUAAUGCUAAUUUGACAAACGUCCGGAUGUACUGAAAGGUACCAAGUGGUAUUUAAAGGCAUUGUUGAAUUGAGGACCAUUCUACCGGAAACCAUGGUUAAUACUAUACAUGCCAAUAUGAACAGAAAAGCACCACACCCAGCACAAGCCUGUUACUGAAUAGGUGGCUCUGUAAAUAAACAGUGGAUGUUUCUGUUGUUGGUGUAAGCAAAAAAAGGUGUUCGCUCAGGUCAAAACUGGUCUAUUAAUGAAAUGAACGGAUUGGUGAAUGAUUCUUAAGAAUUGUCCAUUCUUGCCAUUGAGGUUGACAAAUCGAACAUAAAGACCAACACUGUAAAGCAUUCUCUCUUUUGCACUAUCGAAUCCACACAGGCUUUAUUUUAUGGGACAUAAAAGAAACUAUCAGCAGUUGCACCUAACCCUUUGGCUGACCAAUUCUGUAUUUAAAUAUUUAUUUAAAAUAAGUAUUUUGUUUUACUAAUGGAGAUGAUUACAUUCAAAUGUAGAAUUGUACAGCUCUUGUAAUUGUUGGAAUUUCCUAUUUAUUUUGUGCAUUUGGUGCAGUGUUCUCCAGCAGAAAUGUCAAAUUAGGGAGUGUGCAUUUUUGGGAUAAAACUGCUUGGAUACAGAUGGAGUUUUGCUUAAUUAGCAUGAAAUAUUUGCGUGCCUAAGAGGGUGUCCAAGAUCUUUAAAUAUUAUUAUCAAAGAAGGAAGGGUUUCUUUUUGUAUACGUGUAUAUAUAUAUAUAUAUAUAUACAUGUACAUCAAAUUGUUUAUUUUAGUACGUGCAUUUACACAGCCACCUCUCGUCUCAGUGGAGCAGUGAUUCGUGAGGAAAAGCACAAUUGUCAAAGCAUAAUGAGUAAAAGUUGGAGAACUUGAUGUACCACACAGUCUCCCAUUUUGGGGAGGAAUUCCUAUAUUGGAGAAUGUCACACACUUAAGUGACAUUUCAAUAUUUUGUAUCCUACAAUAACCAUAGUGCAUUAUAAUAUUUCAGUUCUUGAACACUAUAAUAUUUCAGUUCCAGAACUACAUACAGCUGAAUCUUUAUACUGUGACUAUAAAUGACAAAUACAUUAAUAUUGUCAAUUGCAUUAAUAACUCCAAAAAUGAAAAACACUUUUUGGAUUAAAGCCUUUUGCUUUAAUAAAUGCGGUUAAACUCUUUUGCUUUGAUGUGGAGAUUGUUUGCCAAAUGUGUCAUGUAUCUGGUGCUUAACAAAUGGGAAUCUGCUAGAAUUAGCAAUGAUUCAUGGUGUUGUGUAUAUUUACUGUAAAUAUUGUAAGAAACAUGUAAAUAUGUCACUUUUUCAAAGAUGUGCUGUGACUAAUUGGUAUGUACAUUUGUGAUUUAAUUUAUGAUGUCAAAAGGUUAAUAAAUACUAAUUGAUAUAAA